GAGGUCACAUUUGGUUGUGUGCAGUGGUGUGAAUGACAAUGACAAGGAGUUCACUUUCAAUAUGUCCCAGAAAUGGUGGUAUGGUCCCCACAGAGGCCUGAUCUUAGCCACGCUGAGGGAGACAUUGACGUUUAAGGCAGCCAACAUGGAUAGAAGAUCUGUAGUUGGUUUAGUUCUCCCAAAUCUUAGUGUCCGUAUUCUUGAAAAAUUAUGUCUCUAUGGACAGAAGCAAUUGUGCUUUGUUGAAGAGAUAGAGUGGUCACAUCAAGUAUAGGUGUUUGUUAUUUCUUACAAUACAUUUUAUUGUUUUAUUUGUUGUGAACUUUUGUUAGGAAAUCCCAGAACCGCGCAUGCUCACUUCUGCUGCAGCGUAGCUCAUGAAUAUUUAAGCAUGUGGACGGUGAUCGGCCUGUGAUUGGAGCCCGUGGCCCAGUUUCCUGUUACUGUUGUGGAGUCGGUGCUGGAGGCCAGUGCUGCUUCACUAAAUGAGCCAGCAGAAGUUCAGUGUGUUUACUUGGAGCGGUGCUGCGGCUGUCAAUGUGAACAGACGCACAAUGGACGGAGGACACAGCUGAGGAGGUCCAUCCAUGCUCUGUUCGCUCUACCGGGAUUACAUUGUGUAAACUUGGGAUUUUGUGCCCACAGCUCGAUACUCACGGUGUUUUUUAAAACAGUUUUGACUGAAUAGUGUGGAUCACACGAAGACUGGAUAGAGAACAGAGAAGAGUUUGACUGUUGAAGACAGAAGAUGGGGAGCCGGGGGCACCAACGGUACCACUGGCAGAGCCACAAUGUCAAACACAGUGGAGUGGAUGACAUGGUGCUGCUCAGCAAGAUCAAUGAGGAUGCCAUUGUGGAGAACCUCAAGAAGAGAUACAUGGAUGACUACAUCUUUACAUACAUCGGGCCUGUGCUUAUCUCAGUCAAUCCCUUCAAGCAGAUGCCGUAUUUUGGGGAAAAAGAAAUCGAGAUGUAUCAAGGAGCUGCUCAAUAUGAAAACCCCCCUCACAUCUACGCCCUGGCAGACAACAUGUACAGAAACAUGAUGAUCGACCGAGAGAACCAGUGCGUCAUCAUCAGUGGGGAGAGUGGAGCAGGAAAGACUGUGGCGGCCAAAUAUAUCAUGAGCUACAUCUCCAGAGUGUCAGGUGGCGGGUCCAAAGUACAGCACGUCAAAGACAUCAUUCUGCAGUCCAACCCGUUGCUUGAGGCCUUUGGCAACGCCAAGACGUUGAGGAACAACAACUCCAGCAGAUUUGGGAAAUACUUUGAGAUCCAGUUCAGCUCCGGUGGAGAACCAGAUGGAGGGAAAAUCUCCAACUUCCUUCUGGAGAAAUCGCGUGUUGUCAUGAGGAAUCCUGGAGAAAGAAGUUUCCAUAUAUUCUAUCAGUUAAUAGAAGGAGCCGGUGGAGAGCAGAAGAGUAGCCUGGGAAUUACGAGUCUUGAUUACUACACUUACCUCAACCAGUCUGGUUCUUACAAGGUGGACGACAUCAAUGACAAGAGUGACUUCCAGGAGACGACGCAUGCCAUGGAUGUGAUCGGCAUCUCGGCUCAGAAUCGAUCCAUGGUGCUACAGAUUGUAGCUGGAAUCCUGCAUCUGGGAAAUAUCACGUUCAAGGAAUCAGGCAAUUACGCUGCUGUAGAGAGUGAAGAGUUCCUAGCUUUUCCUGCAUUUCUGCUUGGAAUCGAUCAGAACCGUCUGAAGGAGAAACUGACCAGCAGGAAGAUGGACAGCAAGUGGGGAAAAACGUUAGAGUCCAUAGACGUGACACUGAAUGUGGAGCAGGCGUGUUACACUCGUGAUGCUCUCUCGAAAGCCUUGCAUGCACGAGUGUUUGACUUCUUGGUGGAGUCUAUCAACAAAGCCGUGGUGAAAGACCAACAGGAAUUAAACGUCGGUGUGUUGGACAUUUAUGGAUUUGAAAUUUUCCAGAAAAAUGGAUUUGAACAGUUCUGCAUCAACUUUGUGAAUGAGAAGCUCCAACAGAUCUUUAUAGAGCUGACUCUCAAGGCGGAGCAGGAGGAAUAUGUGCAGGAAGGAAUCAAGUGGACUCCGAUCGAGUACUUCAACAACAAGAUUGUCUGCGAUCUCAUAGAGAGCAAAAAUCCUCCAGGUGUCAUGUGCAUUCUGGAUGACGUCUGUGCCACCAUGCAUGCAGUCGGUGAAGGAGCGGAUCAGACCAUGCUGCAGAAGCUGAGAGUCGGGAUCAACACACAUGAACACUUUAACAGCUGGAACCAGGGCUUCAUCAUCCACCAUUAUGCUGGCAAAGUGUCCUAUGACGCUGAGGGCUUCUGCGAGAGGAACCGAGACGUUCUUUUUACUGACCUCAUUGAGCUGAUGCAGAGCAGUGAAAUAGCCUUCAUCAGAACACUGUUUCCAGAGAACCUCAAUGCUGAGAAGAAGGGCCGACCCACUACUGCAGGCAGCAAAAUAAAGAAACAAGCCAAUGACUUGGUGAGCACGUUGAUGAAAUGUACGCCGCACUACAUCCGCUGCAUCAAACCUAAUGAAACCAAGAAGCCCAGAGACUGGGAGGAGAGUCGAGUGAAACACCAAGUGGAGUAUCUUGGUCUGAAGGAAAACAUCAGGGUGAGGCGAGCUGGCUACGCCUACCGUAGAGUCUUCAGGAAGUUCCUCAACAGGUAUGCCAUCCUGACCAAAGAGACCUGGCCAACGUGGCGAGGAGAUGAGAAACAAGGCGUCCUUCACCUCCUGCGGUCCGUGAACAUGGAUCAGGACCAGUUCCAGCUGGGUCGCACUAAAAUCUUUGUCAAAGCCCCUGAGUCGCUUUUCUUGUUGGAGGAGACCAGGGAGCGCAAGUUUGACGGCUAUGCCCGGACAAUCCAAAAAGCCUGGAGGAAAUAUGUGGCUCGCAAGAAGUACGUCCAAAUGAGGGAGGAAGCUUCUGACCUGCUUCUGAAUCGUAAGGAGAGAAGACGACACAGCCUCAACAGGAACUUUGUGGGAGAUUAUCUGGGCAUGGAAGACAGGCCAGAGCUUCGACAGUUCCUGGGGAAGAGGGAAAAGAUUGACUUUGCUGACACAGUCACAAAAUAUGACAGACGGUUCAAGGGAAUAAAGAGAGACUUGAUUCUUUCUCCAAAAGCCGUGUAUCUGAUUGGACGGGAAAAGGUGAAACAGGGACCAGAGAAAGGCCAGGUGACGGAGGUUCUGAAGAGGAAGAUUGAUGUGGAGAAGAUCCUGGCUGUUUCUCUCAGUACAAUGCAGGAUGACUUCAUGAUCUUACAUGAGCAGGAGUACGACAGUCUGCUGGACUGUGUCUUCAAGACAGAGUUCAUCAGUUUACUGGCCCGAAGGUUUGAGGAAAAAACUCAGAGAAAGCUACCACUCAAGUUUAAUAAUACACUGGAGAUGAAACUGAAAAAAGAGAACUGGGGUUUCCUCAGCGGCGGCGGCUCUCGGCAGGUUGUGUUUGUCCAGGGUCAGGGAGACAUGCCUGUGCUGAAGCCGUCCAGCAAAUCCCUGCAGGUCAGCAUCGGCCCUGGACUCCCCAAGAACACACGCCCCACCAGGAAGUCCUACACUCAGAGUCGCUCCAACGGCUCCAGAAACCACCAUCACAUCCCAUCACGCGCUGCACCAGGACCUCCAGAUUCUCACCAGAAUGGUGUCCUGAAAAACACCAACCAUGUAGCCAAUCAGAGAAAUUCACAGCAUCACAAUCCGAGGCAUCAAUCAUCCAACAACUCCACCCGCCCUUUCCUGCCUUCAGAAUCCCACCAGCCCAAGGAGCGAAGCAGCAGCCGAGGCCAGCCCAACCUCGACUGUCUGAGGGUCCCAGAGCUGGGGGCUGCAGGAGCUCACAGACCUUCGGCCAGCAGGCCUGCGCCAGGAGGAGGACGACCUAAACCUGCGCCCAAACCUAAACCUCAGGUGCCCCAGUGUAAAGCCCUGUACGCCUAUGAUGCUCAGGACACAGAUGAGCUCAGCUUCAAUGCUGAUGAUGUCAUUGAAAUCAUUAAGGAGGAUGUAUCUGGAUGGUGGACGGGACGACUCCGCGGGAAACAGGGUCUUUUCCCCAACAACUAUGUUAAGAAGAUCUAAGAGCCACAGGUUCACAGCUGUUAUGAAGAAGAUCCCUCACUGUUCAUGGUUCAUGUCGGCUGAUCUCAGUUUUUCUCCACUUCUGCCUUAAGUUGGAUGAAUGUAAAGCAAUUACACCAACAGAACAAAAGACCUGAGUUGAGGCUCUGCUUUAAUGACAAGAAGACUGUUUGACCAGGGCCUGUUUCUUGCUACAGUGCCUCUUAUUAGUGAACAAAACUAUUUAUUGUAUUUAUAGCUCUCUGUUCUUUUAUAUAGUGCUAAAAAAAAUCUGAGCUAACAAUACAUUUUAAACGCUGGAAUGAAGUAUACUUAAUCUGGGACCAGGCUGUGAUUUUUGUUUUAGUUCUUCAUGUCAAAAAUCUUUGUAAAACAGGUCCUCGGAUGAAGAAUCAGUUAGUGUCUCGGUGUCUGAAAUGAAGAGACUGCGUUUUUUAGCAGGUUUAUAUUUAUUACGGUGCAGAACUGUACUUCUCGGGAGGGACCAUCAGCAAGCAACCACACUGUGAUUGUUUUAAUGAUUUAAUGAAGCAAAGCAUUUUAUACAAGUCUGUUUCAACAACUCUCAGACUAGGCCAUGUGGUGUAUCAAAUUCAUGUGUGUGUGUGUGUUUCUUUCUUAUUGUGUUUCUCCCACAUCAGUUUAAGUGGAAGUGAUGAAUACUGUAAGCUGAGCGUGCUGUCUGUGGUCUAUUAGCACUUUAUCAGUACAGGUACUACCUUGAACACAGACGUCGUCACUCAUUUUCAUGCCACAGCCAGCGAGUGAGCGAAAUCUACUAGACAUGUGUCUUUAAAGUCACUGAGGAGAAGCUGUUUACAUGGAAUAAAACAGGCAUUGUAGAUCUGAUUCUGUAUAUGUGUUCAUAGUUUGGUAAAUGCCUGUUCUUGGUUUGACGUUAAAUUAAAAUUUUCUUCUGUUUUUUUUUUCUAUGAAGGAUCUAAUUUUCCCAUUUUGUUUCUACUUUUCAUAUUCACAGAACUGCUUUAUCUCCAUUUCACGACAUACCGAUGUCACAAAAAGGGACUGUCUGGAUUUUGUUUUUGGUUGAUUUGUUAACUUUGGUUCCAUGGCACUGCACAGAAUUUGUUUUGCUCCUCUUUAAUUGUUCCUGCACAUCUUUUGCACUGCUGUUGCAUUACUUAAACAUUCCUCUGUUAAAAGUUUUAUUUUAUGACACAACCAUGUAAAGCUCAAAUCAACUGCUGGAAAUUCUAUCAGUACAGAUAUAGUUUGAUCUGGGACGUUCUCAAACAUCCCUGUGCAAUACAUAAAAAAAAUUAAAAACAGCAGACAGGAUAUUUUAAUAAAGCAUGUAUUAUUGUAUAGUGAACUGCUAUUGUUGUUUUAUUAAAAAUGUCAAAUAAACAAAUUUUCCCACA